AUGGCUUCCGAAACCACGCCAGCGAACCCGGAGGCUCGUGAGCUGAGUCUAAUAUCCAAGGUUGAGCUGCGGAUUGCUCUGGCGGACUCCGAUGAGAAACUUAGUACUCUGCUUAAUACAUACUUGGCCCCCUUGUUAUUGAAGCUGGGGUCUGGAAGUCUUGCAGUCCGCAACAAAGUAAUUGCUGUGUGUCAACAUAUCAAUACUAGAGCACAAGCCCCGUCUAUCCAGCUUCCCGUACCCGCUUUGCUGAAGCAGUUCAAAGAGCAAAAGUCUGCCCUUAUAAGACAUUUUGACUUGAUCUAUAUUCAGCAAGGUCUAGAUCGCUUGGAUUCCAAUGCCAGAGUUGAAAUAUUGGUUCCAUUGCUCCAGGGAGUCUCCGAGAUCGGGACUCCCACUGAUGACCAGGGGGCCGUCUUGUUCAACCUCAUCCUACGACUAUUACCCCUACUGAAGUUGCCACCGAGGGAUAGUAACGAUGAUACACAGCUGAAGUCUAAUCUCGGUCUCUCGGACCGAGAUACCAACUUCUUAGCCUACUGGUUUGAAAAAUUACUCCUUCUUUCUCCCGCAGAAAAGGGUGAGCAUGCAUGCCCAGGGCUUUCUUCCUUGCAGUACAAGUACUUAAACAAGGGGGCCUCAAUAUCUGAAACAUGGAAUCCAUCCUCGAACAAUGGUUUAAACCUGACUGAGACCAAAGCAAGCGCGUUGAGGUUUCUUUCCAGCGGAGUUUUCACGCCAGCGGAACGCUUCAUUCCUGCCUUAAUUGCGUGUGCGGAUGCAAACUCUCGCCUUUCAGACCUCGGCGAGGAAAUGACGAAGCGGUUUGUUCCGAAUCUUGAAGAUCCAGAUGUUGUGCAGCAGUUGUAUGACCUAUACUUUGGAGCGGAUACACCUGACAAUCCUCUCGCAGCCAGGCCCGCUUUGAAGAUAAAAAUACUAAAUCAUCUGGGCAGAUCCAUUCGAGCUACAAUGGAUAUAGACAAAGUAGUUCAGUUGAUUGAGGAAGGUCUCCUUUACAACGCGGCAGGGUGUACCCAAGGGUUACAAGCCUCAAAACUGCGGACUCAGAUCUUCACUUUUACCACUUGGGUAGUCCGAAUGGGAUCUUCUUCCGACCUCAAACGAAUGGCACCAAAGAUAAUAGCAGGUCUUAGGGACUAUAUUCAGUCUCAGGGUUGGCCAAGUCCCCAGGAUAGCGGGAAAAGGCUGCCUUCGAGUGACUUGGGUUUACGAGGCCUUGCCUAUGAAAGCAUCGGAGCCCUAGUCCCUAAAGUGGAUUUCCAUGUUCAAGAUGAACAUGAGACGAUAUCAGGUUUUGAGCUCAUCAAAUGGCUCUUCAUAUCACUGAGUUCUGAUGAUUCGUUUCCUCAGAUUUUUGUGAGCAUUGAGCAGGCUUUAGGAAGCAUUCUCAAUUCUUCCGUUGAUAGCUGGGAUAAGGAAUUCCAGGACCAUCUGCGUCCCUUUUUGGUUCACCAAAUGCAAAAUAGCACUGGGGCAACCGACUCACUUACGGGGUUUAGGAUAGCUCGGGGGCCUCAGUACGCUGCCGUGCGUUUUUCCAACAGGUUCCUGCCUUAUAGCGACAUUGUGGCUCGCUGGAUCGACCUUAUUGCUGUCGCACGUGGAUCUGAGAGGCACGAAGAGGUCAUGGAAGAAGGUAAAAAGGGCCUGCAUCCUUAUUGGUACAGACUUCUGAAUCCCAGCAAGGAUAAGAAAUGGGUUACGUCUAUGACAGAUGAAUCGCGUGCUGCGUGGUUUAGAUUUCCAAGCUUCUCCGAGACGACACGCUUUAUUCUUGGCUCGACGGGCUCGGCAGUAGUACCAGGCCUUUCCGCAGCAGAGAUACUCUCUGGACCAUACAAAAACGCAUUUUCCCCGGCUAUCGAUUUCAUUCGUAAUAUCUUGCUCUGGGAGUCCUUUUCAAAAUUUGGCGUCACCGCAGAGAUCCAGCAAGAUUGGGACGUCAAACUUGAUGUGUUGCUUUCGACCGAUGAGGAAGCCCGUUCGGCCCUUAGGAAGCACAUGCAAUCCUGCGAUAAAGAGGAUCUGCUGCUGUUUCUGACAAGCACUUUGGCCGGAUUUACUGGCCAGAGCCGAGACGGUCGGCAGAAAUGUGGUGAGCUGUUUGUCAGUAUUUGCUCGUUGGCCUUGAAUGACAUAGUUGGAGCGAUAGCACCACACGCGCUGUCAUUAAAACCUGGUCUGUAUAGCAACGAUCAAGAUAGACAAGAUAUAGCUGCACAUGCGUUUGGAAUAUUAGCCUCGCAUCCUACGGUUACUGAAAACGAUCUGGGAAGUCUAGUUGUGGAGUUAUCAAAUUUCAUUACAACGUGGAAGGAAGCAAUUGGUGAGGCUGCCCUUAGAUCUCGAGGUGCAAUCCUUGGAUCAUCAUACCUAUUCAGCAGGCUUGCGUUUCGUGGUACGAGAUACAAAACAUCUGAUGCACACGUGAGCCAAUUCGCAAAUGCAGUUUUUGAUAUCAUUGAAACUGCCCGUGACUCUCUUCUCCGACGCUCUGCGCAGAUAGCCAUUGGACAGCUUAGUCUUUCUGGGAUUUUAUUGCCAACAAUGCUUUCGGACGAUAGGUGGAAGACGGUCAAGGGCAAAAUAAUGCUAGACGCAAAGGCUGAGAACGAAGCGGCUAUUACGGCCAUGGGACUACUCUCUCUGACAUUUUCUGCGAACGAUGCUUGCAGCUCACGGCUCAAGGACUGCCUGGAUGCACUCUAUGCCUUACAUGAAAUUCGCAGUCCGGAGGUCCACUUUACCAUCGGGGAGGCGCUGAGUAGUGCUGCCGUGGGAUGGGGAUCUAAAUCACUAGCCACUGAAUUUGAUGUCGAUGCACAGGUCCCUGUGUCUUCAAUCUCCUCGUCGCUGCUUGCUGAAAUAUGCAACAAGCUCAUAGCUGACAGCGGUGCGUCGAAACCGUCUCUCAGGAAAGCAUCGGCCAUAUGGUUAUUGUGCUUGGUGAAGAACUGUGGCCACAUAGAAGAAGUGCAAAAUCGAUUACGCAAAUGCCAGAGAACAUUCUCAAGUCUACUUGGAGAUCGAGAUGAGGUGGUACAGGAAACUGGGGCCCAGGGCCUAAGCCUUGUAUAUGAAAUUGGAGACCAGGCAUUGAAAGAUGAUUUAGUACGUGACUUGGUCGACUCAUUCACGGCGAACAACUCCAAUCUUAGAGGUGGAAGGGUCAGUGACGAUACCGAGCUCUUCGAGCCAGGAGCUCUACCCACCGGAGGUGGCUCUUCAGUCAAUACUUACAAAGAUAUCAUGAAUCUUGCUUCCGAAGCCGGCGAUCCCUCACUUGUAUAUCGUUUUAUGUCAUUGGCCUCGAACAAUGCACUUUGGACCAAUCGUGCAGCUUUCAGCAAACUAGGAAUCGCUAGUAUUUUUUCUGACUCAAGUGCAAGGGGGUAUUUGGCCAAAAACUCCAAGAUAUAUCCAAAAUUGUUUCGUUAUCGAUUUGAUCCCAAUCCGAAUGUGCAGCGAUCCAUGAAUACGCUAUGGCAAGCGCUAGUCAAGGAACCUACGGAGCUGAUCGACACCCAUUUCGAAGAAAUCAUGGGCGAUUUACUCCACAGCAUGAUAUCAGGUCGAGAAUGGCGGGUGCGACAGGCAAGCUGUGCUGCCAUCGCAGAUUUGCUCCAGGGGCGGCAAAUAGAUAGCUACGCGAAAUACACGGAUGAGAUAAUCAACAAGGCUUUCAAACUUGUUGAUGAUAUUAAGGAAUCGGUUCGAGCAUCAGCUUUGAAGCUUUGCCAAACGAUUGCGAAUGCGGUGAUCCGCACUUUGGAAUCAAGCAAUCCAAACACCAAAAGAACCAAUGAUCUGUUAGCAGGCGUCAUUCCCUUUUUACUGAGCGACAAGGGAAUGGAAUCUGGCGUUCAAGAGGUCCAAGGUUUCGCUAUUGGUGCCUUAGUGCAGGUGAUAAAAAAGAGUCCCGGGGGCCCUUUGCGCCCAUUUGUUCCCCAGAUAAUGGAACAAUUCUUGAGCUCUCUGAGUUCACUAGAGCCACAAGCAGUCAAUUAUGUCCACCUCAAUGCAGAGAAGUAUGGGCUGAGUGGUCAAGAUAUUGACAAAAUGCGACUAUCUAGUAUCCGCACGUCUCCUAUGAUGGGAGUGAUUGAGCGGUACCUCGUAGAUACGUUGGAUGAUGAUAGUAUGAAAGAGUUUGCGGUAAAGCUCGAAGGCGUACUUCGAUCUGCGGUCGGACUUCCAACCAAGGUUGGCUGUAGCCGUGUUUUGGUCCUCCUUAGCAUGAAGACCAUUCUCUUUCGUCCCUAUGCGGAUCGUUUUAUCCAACUUCUUACCAAAUACGUCGUGGAUCGUAAUGACACCGUUAGUGCGUCAUACUGCACAUCCAUCGGCUAUAUUCUGCGACUGGCGUCUGACGAUCGGAUCUUAAAGACGAUUGAGUAUUCCAAGCACCUGUACCUGACCGCUGAAGACACCAAUCAGCGAGCCAUCUCAGCGGAGAUCUUACACUCAGCGUCGAAGCUGUCCAAUGACAGAUUUAUGGCAUUUGCUGCGUCUGCCUUGCCUUUCAUUUUCGUUUCGAAGCAUGACAAUGACGACCAUGUGCGAGAAAUUUUUGAGAAGACAUGGCAGGAGAAUGUGGGCGGCGAUCGCGCAGUAUCACUGUACAUCAAGGAGAUUACUGCUCUUGUCUUGGAGAAUUUAGGGUCACCCCGUUGGGCCAUCAAGCACACAAUGGCAUUGGGAUUAGCAAAUGCUAUUAUGGCGUUGGAUCCUGAGAUUGAUACUGCUACAAGCGAACGUCUAUGGUUUGUCCUGGAGAAAGCGAUGGCUGGUAAAACAUGGGAGGGGAAAGAGACCGUACUGAAGGCAUUUGUGAAGUUUGCGAGUCAGGCAAGGUCCCUUUGGCUGGAGAAACCUCAGCUUGGUGAUGCAAUGAAAGCGAUCGCAAUUCGGGAGGCGAAGCGAAAGAACCCUCUCUAUCGCCCGCAUGCGCUUGUCGCAUUGGGUGGAGUUUCACAGGCACGCAAGGAUCUUAACCUCAUGCCGGAUACUGUGGGCAUCAUAUCUCAAGUGAUGGAUGAGCUGGAGGAUGAAGAGGACUCGAUGGAUAUCGACUCGGGUAGCGGCCAACUUUCCAAAAACAACCUCGAGGAUACAUUUGCGGCUUGCAUUAAAUGUAUUCUGCAAUGCUUCAAUCCAGCAUUAGAUGGACGUGCAAACGGGAUCACCCGGUAUUUAAUAGACAACAAUACCCUGCUUGAGAAAGUGUUGCGCCAUGGGGGUAGGAGAGUGCAGAUCACAUUGUAUGAUCAGCUUCGUAUGCUCUUCAAUCGACUGGAAACGUGGGCUUCUGAGAAUACGGGGGAACAGUUCGAUUCCGACGCAUUACAAGAGCCGUUGGCAGCGUUAGCGGGGGAUAUGUUCUCCCGUGAGAUAGAUGUAUCAGUCGAAGCCAUUCGGAUGGGGCGGGCGCAGGCAGUAGCGUCGUAUAUUACCAUCUGUCACAAAACGGGGCUCCAGACCAGCCCAGCAGUCCCCGAGCUGAUUAAGUCCUGGAGGAGAGAGGAACGGUCUGGACCGGUGCAGCAAAUCCUGGACCAGGCAUUGCAGAGACUCGUGCCACGGUGA